AGCUCAGAAGCCGGGGAUUCCCCACCGGGGACUUCCGAACUCUUCUCUCGGCCGUCAGCGAGCAGCCAAUGAGCGGCGCCGGCCAAAAUCCUCAGCGCCAGCGGGUGCGACGCUACAGCUCCGCCGGGACUCGGGCUUCUGAUGUUGUUAUUUUUAGAUUUGUAAUAUUGUUCUGCUAAAUAUGGAUAAAAAUAUUGGAGAGCAGCUCAACAAGGCAUUUGAUGCUUAUCGUCAGGUAUGUGUGGAGAGAGACAUCAUCAAGAAAACACUAGAGCAACAGAUUUGUGUCUUAGAGCAAACCCUGGAAAAGAAACAAAAUAUCAUUGCAAAAUUACAAUCACAGGCUGCCUCUACCACUCCUAGAGAUUUCACCCACUCUUCCAAUUGUGGUAAUAUUCCUGGUCAAGUUCAGGCUCUGGACACUUUGCCACAAAUAAAUGAGGGUGACAUACUGAAAGUCAGAAGAAAUGAGGCGCAACAUUCUGCAGCAUCUGAUUCACCAGAGGACUUGAAAGAAGCAUUAGAAAGGGAAAGACUUUGGAAGGAUCAAUUGGUAGCUGUGAACAACAGGUUAAAGGAACAGAUAAAGGAUUAUCAGCAAAAACAGACAGAGCUUAAAACCGACAUUGAAAAAAAAGACCAUCAACUGUGGCAGCUCAGAAAAGAAUUAAAGGAAUACACCGACUUACAACCCUGCAGUAGGCCAACCUUGGAGGUGAACUGGGAGUUGACUGAAUCAUCAUUAAAGAAGGAUGUUCCUUUGGCAGGGACAGAUCAUCAUGCUUUAUACAAGUAUGUUUUCAUCCCUCUUUAUAUGCCUUUCUCAAUGCCUAUACAGUGCACAGAUGAAGGAGAGCAAGAACAUAUAACAAAAGCUACUGUGAAGGAGGGAAGUCUAUCAAAGGACUUUGUUGCAUCACAAGGCCACAGAGUUCAACAGGAGCAACUUCGUGUUGUUGAGUCAUUGUCUGAUUUAGAUAUCAAAUUUCCACCUUCAGAUAAUGAUUAUGAUUUCCUAAACAGUGCACCAGAAAAACCAAGACUAAAACUUCCUAUUGGAGUCCCUACUUGUAAAGUUGAAGAGGUGCUGCUGAAUGAUAAUAUCCAGGACUUGAAUGAAAAAUGCAAUAAACAAGAAUGGACUUCAUUUGAAAUUUGUAAUGUGGGACCAACUAAUGAAGCAUCUGCCAACCUUUUCUGUGGUGAACAAGGGAAAUGUGCAAACAUUAAUAUUUCCACAGUUGACAGAACCCCAUUUAGAAGUCCUUCAAGCCCUUCAGUUCAUAAACCUUCCAAAUCCUUUCCUAAACAGAUAAGAGGACCACAGCAGCCUGUGUGGAGUCCUUACCACAAUAAAGAGGGUGAAUUGCUACAUCAAGCAUCCAAUGACUCUGACCUGGACCUAAACUCCAAAAUCUGUGAAUUCUGUCAGGCAGUCUUCCCAGCAGGCACCACAUCUAGGGAAGACUUCCUCAGGCAUCUUAAUUCACACUUUAUGCAUCCCGCUAAAAAUGGAUUGUAAUGCUUAUACAUUUCUACAAUUGAGAUGAAGAAACCAGUCCUGUGAACUUAACAAGUUUACACGAUGUACAAAAUAGCUGUUGUUAACGUGGAAUUAUAAAUUCCAAAAGGACAUCUUUAUAAAGUUAGUACAGUAACAUACUUUGGAAUUUUUGUCCUUGAAGGAACUUUUUUACUUUGGAACAAUGUAUGAUUAUUUAUAAAGAAACACUUUGACAAGUUCAUUUGAAACUAAUUGUCCUUUUGGGCCAUUUAUAUCUUCAUAAGUGUCAUGAAAUUGUAAUUCAUCUAAAUCAGCAUUUUAAAAAAUCACUAUAUUACAAAGUGAGGAAAAAAAAGCUGUUGGCAUAAAUAAACUGAAUUAUUAAUUUUGUAAUCUUUAUCCUUUUUUUAUAUAAAAAAAUGCUAUUAGAUUGCCUGUUCCUCAUUUUAUUUUUGUUUUUUUAUUGUGACCAGCCCACUAAACUAAGAAAGUACCCAGUCCUAUACACAAGCUCUCAUUUAUCUUUCGUUUCUUCGGUCUCCCUUGACUCAUCUUGUUCAUCAUCUUUAUCCCUUGAAUGUCUUCCCACCAAAGUGUUGCCAACCAACCCACCAUCUUGGACUCCGUAUUAAUUUAUUUUGCUCAUAGUUCUUCCUCCUUGGCGACUGAUCUGUUUCAUUAAAAACUGGUGUUUCCAUGGCUCUCCUUAAAAAGCCCCUCUGCUCUUGCACGUUACUGCAUUGACUCCAAACUCCCUCUCCUCUCAACUCAUUGAAUAUUUUCUAACCUUCCAAACUCAUGCUUAUCCCACCAGAACUUAAUUGAAUCACUUUGUUACAGUAUCAGGAAAGCUUUGAUCAAAGCAACAUAAUAUGAUAUUCUGUAAAAGUAAUCAGCCCAUUCUGAUUCAUCAUGACCUGUGUGCAGUCUCUUUCAAACCAUCUCUAGUGCCGUACAGCUGGGUAGAGCCAUCUUCAACUGCUUUCAUUCUUUCCUAUCAGGCUUAGCCAUUGACUUACCGGUCCAGUAACUGCACUAUUGCUUCUGAUAUAUCCCAAGGAAUAAUGUUUCUCAUUCAGGUGCUGCCCCUUGAUAACAUCAUUCAUAAAUACAGCUUUGGUUUCUGCAUCUAAGUUAAUGCUAUCCAACUUAACCUCACUAGGCCCUCUCUUUACUCUUGCACUAUUGCAAAAUUGUCAGACUGUUAAUCUGACAAAUAGUCCUGAUUGAGGAGAAAUAUUUUCAAACCAAGUAUUAGAAAGACAAAACCCAUUGUCUUUCAUCCCUAUCACAAAUUUUGUUCCUUAGCCGUUGAUUCCUCACUGGCAACUGUUGAAAAUUGAACUGCACUAUUUAUAAUAUUGGUGUCACCACUUCUGAUCCUGAUUUAACCUUCAGACUGUAAAGAAUUAUUGCACAGAGGAGACCAUUCAGCCCAUUGUUUCUUUGCUGGGUCUGAGUAAAGCAAUUCUGUAAGUCCCAUUUCCCUCUUUCCCCAUACCCCUUCAUAUUAUUUCUCUGAUGCCUAUCCAAUUCCCUUUUAAAGGCACUGAUUAAUUUUGUUUUCACCACCUUUACAGGCAAUGAUUACUGGAUCCUAACUACUCUGAGUUUUACAGAAUAUGUGCCUUGCAUCUUUCGCCCAGAGUUUUAGAUCUUUGCCCCCUAGUUCUUGAACUAUCCACCAGUGUCUGGUUUCACUGAGUCUGUCCAUUUCCACCAAGAUAAUUGUCUGACUUCUCCACUGCCUGAUCUUGUCUGCUUCUGAAGCAUUGAAGCAUGCAUCCUCUAUUACCUAGAGACAGAACUGUUCCAAUAUAUAGUAGGUUUUGCCUCGUCCACAACUUUGUCCCUAUUUCUGUUCUCCUUAACCCUGUGCUUGCUGGGAUGGAUUAGACUGCAGUUAUGCAGUGCCUUAAUUUCAAUAUUACCCCUUUCAUUCUUAGAUUGCUUUAGGCCUUAGUCCAUCCCUUCUCUGUAAUCUCAUCCACACUCAGUGAUAUUGAAUGCCCCUGGAAUCUAACCUCUUAACUCACCCCUGCCCCAUAUAGUCACUGCCCCCUUACUCAUUCUCAGCUCUGGAAUUCCCUCCCUAACCUACCUCCCAUCUACCUGCACCUUCCACCUCUCCCCUUUUCAUAGCUCCUUAAAAUCAGCCUCCUUAUACAAGCUCUAGUCAGCCACUGUAAUAUCUCUUGUGUAGCUCAGCAUUGAUAUUUUGUUUGAUAACGCUUCUGUGAAGUGUUUUAGCUAAGUUCUGUGAGGAGCUUCAGGAAGGCUCGAAUAAAUGAAACUUGUUGUUCAAGUCUGACUGCAUUUCACAGUUUUUCACCUAGUGUCAACAUCAAACAUUCUCUAUUCUUCCACAAUAUGCCUUAAUAUGACCUUCAAAAUGAAACCAUUAUUGUUCAAUUUGUUUGAAGUUGCACGAAGUUGCCAAUUUAAUGCCAGUGAAAACAAAUUUAUGAGCAGUUUUGAAUGUAUAUGCAUGCUGAAUUUUAUAUCAUUGAGAGUGUUUAAAAUAAACCACUAAAAGCAUUAUUUUUUUUGUUUUGUUCAAGGCUGUUGGCUAAGACAAAUGAUGUAUUGCCCAAUAUUGUAUCUGAAAUUCCAAACUGUUCUUCAUCUUUAUGAAAAUAUUUGAAUUUGUUUCUCGUUCCAACACCAAGUGGCAAAAUGGUUGGAAUCUAGUCUUUAUUUUUAGAGUUUGUAACAUGGUAAUUCAUUUGCUUUUUGGAUGAGUCCAUCUGACCUAACUUAAAUUAUCUCAUUAGUUAAUGUAGUCACUUAAAACACUAAGGCUCUCAGUACAGAGUUGAUCAAAGUGGAAUUAUUUAUCACUUCUGUGUCAUUAAAGAUGAAAUGGAAUCCAGAGGGAUGCAAUAGCUGAAACUAGCAUUCACUUUUGGGGAGUAGAAUUUUGAAGAUUUUUUUUCUACAAGUGGGUUUUUAAAAUUUUUAUCUCAAUUAUCAAGUGUGCAAACAAAGCAUGAACUUAAAUAUUUAAGUUUAUCACAGGAAGUCCAUUUUGGGGACAUAUUAAUGAUGAAGCACAAUAAUCAAUAUAGACAAAUCAAUCUUUCAUCAGUAUGUGGUUCUGACAAAGAAACUUAUAAUUCCUUGUUUCAUGAAUGAUGAGAUUCCAAACGGAGGUUGCAGUUCUAGUUUCUCAAUGUCUAUAUUAUAAUCUAUUUCCUGAUGUCAAGAGUUUAAAGUAGCUCAGUAGAUAGGAGUAAACUUCAAAGAUGACAUCAGGUUUAAUUGAGGCCACCUGGUGAUAAUAAGGUAUGACAUUGGCACUUAGUUUUCCUCCUUCUUCUGGUAUAUCCCGGCUGAUAACAAGACAUCCAGAAUGCUACGGGUUUUCCUGCAUAAUUGCAUUCAGAUCUAUUUAAGACAUGAAAAUAUUGUAAUCUUAUAUAUGUGUUAUAAAGUUAUUUAUUUUGCCUAAUUAUUACUUCUCAUCUGUUUCUGUGGUUCUAUAUAAAUGUAUGAAUUUAGAGCAAGAAUUCAGUCCCUCAAAUUUGCACUGCCUUGUAUUAAAAUCAUGACCUACCUGAUGGUAACCUCAACCCUGCAUUCCAGCCUACCAAUGAUAACUUGUUUAUCAGAGAGAUAUCUUCCUGUGCCUUAAAAAUAUUCAAUGAAUUUACUUGCACUGUCCUUUUGAGGAAGAGAAUUCCAAAGACUUUCAAACCUCAUACAGAAGAAUUUUUGCCUUCUUUCUGCCUUAAGUGGAUGCCCCCUUAUUUUUAAACAGUAACCCCCAGUUGUAGCUUCUGCAAAAAAAGGAAACAACAUCUCCACAUCCAAUCUGUCAAGCCCCCUCAGGAUCCCAUGUGUUUCAGUGGAAACCUCUCUGUUCCAAACUUCAGAGGAAACAAGCCUGACCUGUCCAACAUGUCCUUGUCC